UCGCGUCGAACUGAGAAAAGUCUUUAACAGAAUUUACAGAAAUACUUUGAAAGCCUGUCAUAAAAAGCUCGUCAGCUUCUGUUCAAUUCUGCUGUCGCAUUUUACUAUCGCAACUCACACAGCGGUGCGUGAUAUUCCCGGGACGACAUGAGACGAAAUCUACUAUUCGCUGCGCUGCUGUUUUACUGCACAUUGCUGAACCCUUCUUCAGCAUUCCGCUGUGGGAAAAUUCUCUCCGGUUUAUAUGGCAAGUUCCACCCCCCUGGAUUUCCAGAAAACUAUUACGAUUUCCUGCAAUGUACGUGGAGCAUUACGGUCGGGGAAGGUUUUCAUGUGAAACUGAUGUUCACUGUUUUUGACGUGGAAUAUUAUCCUAACUGUUCCUAUGACUACCUGAGGGUUGUCGAGAAAGGCCGAGUUCUGGGCAAAUACUGUGGCUCAGCGAAAAAGGGCCAUUCCGAAGCCAUAUCGCAGUUGGAAUCUAAGGGAAAUAGCAUAAAAGUCAUGUUCCAUUCAGAUUACUCCAACGAGAAGAAAUUUCGGGGCUUUGAAGCACAUUACAGAGCUGUAGAUGUGAACGAAUGUGCUGUUAAUAAUGGUGGUUGCGAUCAAAUAUGUCACAAUUAUCUUGGUGGAUAUUAUUGUUCGUGUCGCCUGAAUUAUCGCCUCAAGAAGAACAAGAAAAGUUGUGAAUAUGUCAAAUGCAAGAAUGUUCAUUUGCGACGAUUACACGGAACGAUAAGCAGUCCUGAAUUCCCAAACAACUACCCCAGUUAUUCAAACUGUACCUGGACAAUCACUGUACCACGUGGCUAUCGUAUUGUACUGCAGUUUAUUGAGUUCGAAAUUGAAACACAUCCAGACGUGAUCUGUCCUUAUGAUCAUCUCAGCAUCACAGCCGGGGGAAACUCUGGUCGCUUAUGCGGUAAAAUUCCUCCGAAAAACAUCACUUCGACCUCCAAUUUUAUGACCGUUAGAUUUGUUACGGACGCCUCGAAGAAUUUGCAAGGAUUCCUUGCCCAAUUUCACACCGAAGGGGUGAAAUGUCCAGAAUUAAAGAGUCCAUUGAACGGUGCAAUGAAUGCUUCCGGUUUUUCAUUCAAAGAUGAGAUCUUCUUCCAGUGUUAUCCUGGUUACAUCAUGAAUGGCGUGGCCAGGAUUUGGUGCAGAAGCUCUGGAGAAUGGACUAUGGAACCACCUGUUUGUGAACCGAUUUCUUGCGGGCAUCCUGGCAUUCCGAUACGGGGCAGAGUUCGUAUCGGCGGUCUGACCUUCGGAGAAUCAGUCUGGUUCGAAUGUAAUGAUUUCUAUGAAAUUUACGGGAUGGAUGAAUUGACGUGUGAAGAUGAUGGAUUCUGGUCGGAUAGUCUGCCCGAGUGUGUACCAGUUUGUGGUAAUUCUAGUUUUGCCAACGAAUAUCGUCAGGGUUGCCGUGGUAACAUUGUUGGCGGGAACGAUGCCGUCCCAGGUUCCUACCCCUGGCACGCAUUGUUGAAACUGGAUGGUCGUGGAGUGUGCGGUGCCUCGCUUCUUAACGAAUUUUGGCUGAUCACAGCGGCCCACUGUGUGGUUAACAAGAAACGUCAAGUAGUUCGACCACGAAGAUUCACAGUCGUUCUUGGUCUGCACAACAGAUCUCAGGAGAACGAGACUCAAGUUAAAGAGAUGCACAUUGGUCAGAUAUUCGAGCAUAGGGAUUAUAAUCCAACCACCUUCCAGGCUGAUCUUGCCUUACUACGACUGACCCACCCAGUUAUUAUGAGUGACUUUGUUAAACCAAUAUGUCUCCCAGAUACCGACAGUAGUGACGAUGUCAUCAGGCCGGGUGCUCGCGGUGUUGUGGCGGGUUGGGGCCGAGCAUCAAGCACCAAGCUCUUUCCUAACAUCCUCCAAGAGGUUUGUCUUCCCGUCGUCGAGACAUCGGCGUGUCGUCGUGCGUUCGCCGCGGAAGGAUAUCCCGUAACAGCAGAUAUGUUCUGCGCAGGGCCUGCAGACGGGGGGAAGGACGUGUGUAAGGGUGAUUCCGGGGGUGGGUACGUGUUUCAAGACCCAGGGGACGAAAGGUGGUUUCUAGGUGGGUUAGUGUCGUGGGGGAGUAGUGAGGGAUGUGCGCUGCCUAAUAAGUACGGCGUGUAUUUGAACGUGAAAGAUUACAUGGACUGGGUAGAAGAUCGAAUAUACCGAUGAAGUUCGCGCAAGAUUUUCUCACGAGGACACAAAAAUUUCAACCAUAAUAGAAUAUUAUCGUAUUUCGCAGUUAAUGUAGUUUGUGAAUAGAGAAUUUUUACAAAGUUUUCAGCGAGGAUUUCAACUUGGUUUUAGUCC